UAACACAAUCAAACUACUCCUAUUACUCCGAUUCAUAUUUAGUGCUACGGUCGUAUGCUCUUUUUCUAAGACCUGUCCGAAACCCUAUAUUUUUCCCUUCAAGCUCCGAGCUAAACAAACAUGGCGGAUCCCAACAAUGGCGGCGCACGCCAUAUCCUCCCCAUUCCCGGAAAGCGCAACGUCCUUAUUACUAGUGCUCUUCCUUACGUCAAUAACGUUCCUCACCUUGGCAACCUCAUCGGCUGUGUGUUGAGUGCGGAUGUUUUCGCGAGGUAUUGCCGGCUUCGAGGUUACAACACUCUCUACAUUUGUGGAACGGAUGAGUAUGGUACUACUACUGAGAAUAAAGCUAUGGAGGAGAAUUGUACCUUUAAAGAAAUCUGUGACAAAUACCAUGCCAUUCAUAAGGAAGUGUAUGAGUGGUUCAACAUAAGUUGCGAUAAAUUUGGACGCACAUCAACCCCUGAACAAACCGAAGUUUGUCAUGCUGUCUUUAAGAAGCUGUUGGAGAACAAUUGGCUUUCUGAGAACACACUACAGCAGCCUUAUUGUGAUACUUGCGAAAAGUUUUUAGCUGAUCGGUUUGUUGAGGGAAUUUGCCCGACACCUGGCUGUAACUAUGAGUCUGCGCGAGGUGAUCAAUGUGAAAAUUGUGGGAAGCUUUUUAAUCCCACAGACUUGAAAGAACCUAAAUGCAAAGCAUGCCAAUCCACUCCUCGCAUCCGUGACACUAAUCACUUAUUUCUUGAGCUUCCUUUGCUCCAAGACAAGCUACAAGAGUACGUAAACAAGAUGUCAGUAGAUGGAUCAUGGAGCCAAAAUGCCAUUCAAGUAACAAAUGCAUGGUUUAAAGAAGGACUUAAACCGCGAUGUAUCACUAGAGAUUUAAAAUGGGGAGUCCCUGUCCCACAUGAAAAAUUCAAAGAUAAGGUCUUUUAUGUUUGGUAUGACGCACCACUUGGGUAUAUUUCAAUCACAGCUUGUUAUACACCACAGUGGGAGAAGUGGUGGAAAAACCCUGAAAAUGUUGAGCUCUAUCAAUUUAUGGGCAAGGAUAAUGUGCCAUUCCACACUGUCUUUUUUACAUCUACACUUCUGGGCACUGGUGAGAACUGGACUUUGAUGAAGAGUAUCAGUGCUACAGAGUAUUUGAACUACGAAGCAGGCAAAUUCUCCAAAAGUAAAGGAAUUGGAGUUUUUGGGAAUGACGCCAAGGACUCUAAUAUACCUGUAGAAGUGUGGAGAUACUAUCUGCUAACAAACAGGCCUGAGGUAUCAGACACAUUGUUCACUUGGGCGGAUCUUCAAGCAAAACUAAAUAGUGAGCUGUUGAGCAAUCUAGGAAAUUUUGUAAAUCGGGUAUUGAGCUUUAUCGCUAAGCCUUCAGGUCAGGGAUAUGGUUCUAUCAUUCCUGAUGCUCCCCAGGCGGCAGUGCAUUCUUUAACUAAAUCACUAGCAGAAAAAGUUGGAAAGCUUGUGGAGCAAUAUGUAGAAGCCAUGGAGAAGGUCAAGCUAAAACAGGGACUGAAAACUGCAAUGGCCAUCUCAAGUGAGGGAAAUGCAUAUUUACAGGAGAGUCAAUUUUGGAAGCUUUACAAAGAGGAUCAAGCUGCAUGUGCAGUAGUCAUGAGAACCUCGGCAGGACUUGUUUAUCUCUUGGCCUGUUUAUUAGAACCUUUUAUGCCUUCUUUCUCAGUUGAGGUACUUAAGCAGCUUAAUAUGCCUCAACUUCAAGUAUCUCUUUCAAAUGAAAAUGGGGAUCUUGAGAAAAUUAAAAUAAUGUGGGAUAUUCUUCCUGCCGGUCACAAGAUUGGGAAGCCGGAGCCAUUGUUCAAAGAACUGAAAGAUGAAGAGGUGGAAUAUUAUCGGGAGAAGUUUGCUGGAAGUCAAGCUGACAGAGCUGUCAAAGCUGCUGCAGAAAAUGCUGCAGAGCAGUUGAAAAAAACAAAAGUUUCAGAUAAGAGUGACAAGAAAAAGGCAGCUAAGGCUGCUGCUGGAAGCAAAACUAAGGCAACUCCUGAAGCAGAAAUUACCAUUGCUAGACUUGAUAUUCGUGUUGGCCUCAUAACAAAAGUUCAGAAGCAUCCUGAUGCAGAUUCCCUUUACGUAGAAGAGAUUGAUGUUGGUGAAGCCACACCUCGAACUGUUGUCAGCGGUCUUGUCAACUACAUACCUAUUGAGGACAUGCAGAACCGGAAGGUCUGUGUUCUUUGCAACUUAAAGCCAGCUAGUAUGAGGGGUAUCAAAUCUCAUGCAAUGGUACUUGCAGCUUCUGACAGUGCGCACACGAAGGUCGAAUUAGUUGAUCCACCUAAAGAUGCCCCCAUUGGAGAGAGACUCAAGUUUCCAGGGUUUGAAGGUGAGCCAGAUGAUGUUUUAAACCCAAAGAAGAAAGUGUGGGAAACAUUGCAAGUGGAUUUAAAUACAGAUUGUAAUUUGGUAGCUCGGUUCAAAGAUUUGCCCUUCACCACGUCCGCUGGUGUCUGCAAGGUUUUGUCCAUUGCAAAUGGAUCCAUAAGGUAGAAAUUAGAAAUACACUCUAAUUUCCGGGUUUGAUUGACACAGAAACGUCUAAUAUUUAAUUUACAAAUUCAACAAUAGGGCAGUUUCCAUUCCAUGACUAUUUUAUCUUCUUUCCACCAUGAUGGAAACUGUUGAAAGUUUUGGUAUGAUCCAUAUUUGCUUCAGUAAUAUUUAUCCCAACUCAUACUCCAAGGUGUGGAUUAUAGAGUUUACCUAUUUUCUUAACUGCGGUUAAGGUGAUUGGUGGUGCAUAUAAAAAACCACAAGAGCUGUAUUCUUGAAUUUUUUCUAGAAUAAUGAAACUCUAAGCUUGGUGUUUUUCAAAA